GUGGGCGAGCUUCCGGCAGUCUCUCAUCAAGGUUGAGCAUUUUCUCCUCUUUGAGCAUCAGGCGGCAACGCGCAACGGUUCUGUUGUAACGGUUGAUCUCCGAUACUCUGCAUGCGGCUGAAACAGUGCAUGGAGGCCUCACACUCCCCUCCAACUACCAUCCCCUUUCACUUUUUUGACCGCUAUCAAGGAUGCUCACCACAUACACCUUCCCUUUGCCACCAUGGAGACAAUGGCUUCGUUUCAGACACUCUGGGAGCAAGCACUGGAGGAAUACUUCGCGACAACAAAGCGGACCGACAAGGAGAAGGAGAGUAUCCGCAGCAUCACAGAUCCCGAAGCUCUACUUACGCGGGUAGAGGCGGGCAACAAAGACUUUGUGGGGUUCCGGGCCAAGCAUACACGACUGCGAGAUGUGUUGGGACGAGUGACUGGGUUCAUCACGAUUGUUGCCAAGGUGGCGGCGAACGCUCUGCAAAGCGGCCCUCUUGCACCUCUAUCGGUCGUUCUCGGCGCCAUCAGCUUCCUGGUGAAGAGUGCGGAAGGAGUCAGUACAGUAUACGACUCCGUCGAGGAUCUAUUCGAGAAGAUAUUUGCAUUCACAAGUCGGCUUGAGCUAUAUCUCGUGGGGAAGAUCCAAGCUAAAUUGCAGGGGUUGGUUGUCGGAACCCUGGUGUGCAUCUUGCGAAUCACCGCUCGCGCGGAGAAGUUGGUACGCGAUGGACGAUGGAAGAAGUACACGCAGCUUUUAUUCCUCGGCCGAGAUGAGAAGAUCAAGGAACUGCUGCUGGAGCUGGGCAAGCUUCUUGACUGCGAGCAUCGCUUGGUCGCGGCCAUGGCAUACACCAUCAACUUACGUCUGGACAGCAAGACCGAUACUCUGGUCGAAUCGUCGACCAAGUCGUUGGGCGAGCUACAGCAGGUUCGGGCAGCGCUCGAAGACAUUAGACCAGAUGCUGCUAGGGCCCGCAUAGAAGAGCAUCUGAUGACAGAUACGCACCGGAAAAGCCUCGCUAUUGAUCAUGAGUACCGCGAGACGGCGCUGAAGUCAUCCGGCGAGUGGCUCCUUGCCGAACCAGCGUUCCUGGACUGGCUGGACCGCAAGUUGCGCACGCUAUUCAUCAGAGGCGGCCCCGGAACAGGGAAGUCUUACCUGUCUUCCAUCUCGAUCACAAAAGCAAAGACGACAUACCCCUCAGAUGACUUCGAGCGGCACAGCACCUCGGUGGCUUACUUCUACAUCAAGGAGCACGACCAAGAUCUUCUGCAUCUGGCGAACAUGCUGAAAAGCCUGGCGUAUCAGAUCUCCCAAUCCGACUCGGCUUUUCGGAGCCACGCCAUCCAAGUUCUUAGCAAGCCCGAGAGUGUCGUUACGCCGCGCAUGCUCUGGGCACAUCUGUUUCUCAAUUUCUUCCAGUCCAGCAAGGCGCAGAGCUCAGCAUUGAUCAUCCUGGACGGUCUUGACGAGGCUCCGAGGAAGACACAAAGGGAUAUCUUUGCCCUGCUUGCAUCGAUCCAUCCACCGGUCGGCCAAACCGCAUACUACCGCUUACAGGUAGCCCUCUUCGCCCGGCCCGAGGUGUCGGAGCAUUUCCCAGUUGGGUUUGGACAUGGCAUAGCAACUAUUGAGAUCAGCAACAAGAACGAAGGCGACAUCGCCGCUUAUGUCAAGGAGCACGCAAUGCGGAUCUUAGUGGUCCGUCAGACUCUGCGACAACAGACAAAGAAGGCCGCUGCACAGUUAGCUCGUGAUAUCCGCGCUUGCGUUCUAAGCAAGGCCGACGGCAUGUUCUUUAAGGUGGCGCUGAUCAUGGACCGGCUUGCCAACAAGGAGACGCGUGCAGCCCUCUUCGCCGCCAUUGACGCAUCACCACCCGGUCUCGACGCCAUGCUUUCUCACAUCUUUGCGCGGCUCCUGGUGGCAGACGAGGACGUAGAUGUUGACGACUUCCGGGAGAUUCUGCUUUGGAUGAGCUUUGCCAAGCGACCGCUCUACCUCGCGGAACUGUAUGGCAUCGUUCGUGAGCGGACAGGUAGGCCGCCGGAUGCUCUCGAGGCACGCAUGCGGGGCCGCUUCGCCACUCUGUUCAAGGUUGGGAGCGCAAGUGGGAGCGAGAAGUGGCAUCAAGGCGCCUUCGCGGCGCUAGACGACAACGAAGAAUUCGAUAUAGACGAUGCAGAGUUCGACAGUGACAACGAUGACAGCAGCAACAUCGACGGUCAGGAUCAAGAUUCACUAGGGGUCAUUGCAUCACACGGUCACGAGCACAACGGCGGUCGUAAUAGAAGCAGAGCGCGUGUCGGCGACAUGGGAACGCUCAACAGAGAGACGAUGGAGCGGUUCUGGGCGGUCGACGUACGGUUUGCCCACUCCAGCAUCCGCGACUUCGUUGUCAGCAACAGCGCCACUGGGAUCGGUGUUUACAUCAACCCCCGCGCCGCCGAUGCUGGCAUAGCCUUGCAGUGCAUAAAUCUCAUUCUUCACACUCCAAACCCGGAAGAAAUGGUGGACAGCUGCAGCCCUUUGUGGUAUGCGACGACGUAUUUCGCGGACCAUCUCCUGUCAGUCGAUUUGGAUAUUGCCCCACAGCGGCAAGAGCAGGAAUUCGUUACCACGCUGUGCAAACUGUUCUUCAACGACGGGAACUUGCUGAGGCUGAUCGACAAGCUUUAUUACUGCUCCUACGCCAAGGCCCUACACCAGUUCUUCGUCGACCCAUCCUUUCUCACCGCCAUCCAGACUCGGUUCCUGGCUCGGGCGAGGAAGGAGUGGUAUACACCAGCCGAGUGGUCUUGGAUCCAGACAUGUCUGUCCAAGCGUGUGGAGUUCCUCCGGCCGUUGGCUAGGCAGGCGGCCAGGAUGUGGCUCACGCGGACGGGGCACGACGACGUUGCAUACCUGUGGGCCGAGCGGCGCCAGCUCUUCCACGUGUGGAUUGUGCAUUGUUUCUUGCAUGGAGAACGAAGCCCCGAGGACUGCUGGCACUCCGAUAUUGACAUUGGUCGACUGGUGGCACUGAAGCCACCGGAUACAGAUACAAUAACUGCGUUUCUUGAUUUUCACCCUAGCAUCGAGAAGACCUGCCACUGGCACACGGCAAUCGGUUGGUUGCUUUACCAGUUGAGCCAGGCAGAUGCCGCCGUGGAGCACUUCACCGAGGCGGUCAGGCUGGACAGCCAGUGUUGGAGCGCCGUCCGUGGUCUAGGGUUCUCUUCCGCGCGGGCGAUGGAGUACCGGAAGGCUGGUGAGCAGUUUGAUCGCGCUGUGCAACUUGUUCCAGACAGCCUGAGAGACGCCGUUCGAAUCCUACGACGGGACCAAGUGUCUAUCAUGGUGGCUCAACGAGGUCAAGAUCUGAACAAGGCUGUCAUCCUGGUCCGGAAAAUGCUGUCCUACGUUCCGAAUUUCCUCUCAGAUCUCGGCACCACGAUACUCUACAUCCAAGCCCUGUACGGAGUCGGUGACUUCGUAGGCGUGCGUAACGUCUUCCGAGACCGCAUGGCUAUGCAUCGCGGGCAGUGGGUGUAUCAGUGGGUCAAUCAUCCGGCAUAUGGGUAUGGAGACGCAGUGAUCCAGCAGGUCUUUGAAUUCAAUGAGGUGAGACUGGAGAUUGGCCGGGCCCUGCAGGCUACCAAGUCGCUAGACCUGCUGAUGGCACCGGUUCAGCACUUUUUGGACGGCGACAACGCGGACACCACGUUCGCUAGGAAGCCCUGGGUGGCUGGGUGGCUGAUUGAGAUACUGUACGAGUGUUCGGACAACAUCGACGAUCCACUCCAGCUGUGCGAACGCGUUCUCGACCCGUCUUUCCGGGCCCGUCUCCAUCCCGACCUCACUUGGGCGGCUAAGAGCUACUAUCCCAUUAUGCCGGCGCAGAGGCACGCAUCCAAGCUAUACUACCUUCGCGGGAUCACAGCUCUCUCCCAAGGCCAGAUCGCCCAGGUCCACGCCAACGUCGACAAGCUAAAGGAGCUACUUUCCACGCCAUAUAGCGACACAAGCGACACAGACAAUACAGAGAUGCUUCAGGCUGUCUUGAUGCGCCGGGCCGGCGGGCGGUACACAUCGCAGUGGCGGCAACUCCUUGGCCCCAGAAUCGUCGACUCUUUGCAGGAGCUACUAGUAGCGUCCGACAGCUCCGCACCACCGCCAAUUCACGGCCUGAUCCACGGCCUAUCGCGACUAAGCAACCUGCUGAUCGCGGCCGGCGAUGCGACCAACGCGUGCACCGUUAUCGCCUUAUCCCUCCAGGGAUUUCCUCCCUUCCAGAGCGAGGCCGAGUGGCGCUCGAAGGGGCGUCGGAGCUCAUAUUGGCUGUGCGACGGAGUGUGCACGACGUAUGAUAACCUCGAUAGGAUCUACAAUGAGGUUCACCACGAGCUGUUCUACUGCACCGAAUGCUUGGAUGUGUGCUUCUGCGGGCCCUGCCACACGAUGUUACGGACGGGAAAGCUGCCUUUCCGCAUGUGUGGUCAAGACCAUCACCUCGUCAAGCUGUUUCCUAUUCCGCAGGAGUACAUCGGUGUGGCCGGGCGCGUCAUUAGGGAGGGAGACGGGUCAGGGGUCGAGGAGUUACAGUUCGACUUGAAUCAGGAGUGGUUGACAAGACUGCUCAAGGAAUGGUCUGGGCUCGUAACAUCUGAGGAUGAACCUUCUGGGGAUGAAACGGGGGCCAAUCUUUGAUACCUUCUCCCUUACACUCGAACGAUUGUCACUAUGUGGACGACCAAAACAUGCCUCGAGCCAAACAUUUAUUCUAUGUUAUUCUUAGUACUGCGCCUAUCAAGCUCUAAAAGGAUUGGCAU